ACCUGUAGGUGAUAAAUUCGACGGAUGUAUAACGGUUAAUCACUGUUUAUACACAAGAUAACGCAACUACCACGGUCACUGUGUUACAGGUACAUGUAGCCCUGAAUUUACCGUCGUGGAUCAGGCUGUCAUGGACAGGGAGGCUUUAUCACGUGACCUUGAGACCAAAGGUUAUUCAGUGGUUUCCGGUGUGGUGACAACAGAGGAGUGUGACAUAUACACCCAGCAAUUCAAGGACUGGGUGGCCAAGUUUGGCGACGACUUGCCCUUCAGUCAUGACUCCCUCAUGCACUACUACAGAGUAGGCCACUUUGAUGCCACAUGGAGGGUGCGACUGAAGGCCAAACGAGUCUUUGCCUCUCUAUGGAACACGGAGAAACUCCUGAGCAGCAUGGAUGGGAUAGCUAUUGGUGUACCGCCUGAAAUCGCCAAAGGAAAAUAUAGAGAGGAUGGGAAAAGCUGGCUUCAUCUGGAUCAAGGGCGAACAAGAAAAGGACUUCAUGUAUACCAGGCAGCAGUAUAUUUAGAGGAAACUUCUGAGAGCGAUCACUGUCUGAGAGUUCUUGGAAAUUCUCAUCUCUACCACGAUAAAUUCCAGGAGGCUUUUCCUGAUGCCAUGGUACUUGACGAUGAGGAAAACGAAGAGGAGUUCUUUCUCUUCAAGCCUGAAUGGGUUGACUGGUACAAAGAACAGGGAUGUACAGAAAGAAUAAUAGCCGUGCCAAAAGGGGGAAUGGUGAUCUGGGAUUCACGUACAGUCCACGAUGCUGUCUUCCCAAAACGAGGUCGGGUCCAUUCCGAUAGGUGGCGCUUUGUCGUUUUUGUCUGUAUGGCACCAGCUAUUUGGGCUACAGACGCAGAUUAUAAGACGAAGCAAUUUGCAUACGAUAAUUAUCGAAGCACUGCCCAUUGGCCUGCACAGAAGAAUAUCGUGUUCAGGUCUACAACAGGAAAUCCGUAUACAAGGGAUCUGAAACACAUCUAUGCGGUGGAAACAAUGCCAGAUGUUGCUAAAACCAGGGACGCGAAACUACUAGCUGGUCUGGAACGCUAUGAUUUCAAUGACGGUGCUCCGAAUGAUCCCGGCUGGAGACCAACGUGGGACAAAUCAUCAGUAUUCUCUCCCCGAUACAGUGGCACUGACACAUUCUGACGCCUUAAUAGCUGGCUUUGAGACAUUCGGUCGAUCGACACUGCAUUCUUACAAUAAGACGUUUUUUUGCCGAUUGGGUGGAAGUCACCUUUAAAACAGUUUUCGCUUUUAUUGGAACAGUUCUGAAUGUGUUAAAUGAAUGACGUUUUGAUUAAAGCAUCUGAAUUAAAAUAAUGCAUAUAUUUACCGUU